CCAUAAGACUGGCAAAGAUAACAAGAACAGAAAACAAUAUCUUCAUCUCAUUAUACAACCACCAGUUUGAAGUUCAAUAUCUCAUCUAGCUAGCAAACUUAUUCCUUUCAUUUGAAGAGAGCGAAGAUGUCUACUAAUCAGACAGUUGAAUCAGCUAAGAACACAGUUAACACAGCUGGGGAACAUGUUGCAGAUGCAGCUCACGCAACUAGAGACUAUGUAGCCGAUGCAGCCAAUUCUACCACCAAUACUGUCCAACAGAAAAAGGAAGAGACCUCUAGUGUCCUUGCCGAUACAACUCAAACAGCUAAGGAGCAUGUUGCCAAUGCAGCUGAUUCUGUGUCCAAAGCUGCCAAGCCGGAAGAAGAAAAGACCCCUGGAUUCCUUGAAAAGACCGGAACAGCAGUGGUGAACACGGCACAAGGUGCAGUGGAGGCUGUGAAGAACACAAUCGGAAUGAAUGACAAGAAGUAAUUGUUAAUCUUAACAUCCAUUUCCAGCUACCAAUAAGAACAAGAUUAAUUACAAUAUGUUGUACUUUUUCUGUGUAGAUCUUUCUUUCAUCGUAUCUUCCUACGUGUUUGUAAUGAUUAUCAAUUCAUAGUGAAAAAUGUUUGAUUCGGCAUUUCAA